AUGGACACAGAACUCCACCAGACUCAGGGCAUCCGCCUCGCAGUCGAAGGCUGCGGCCACGGCACCCUCCACGCCAUCUACGCCUCCGUCGCCGAAGCCUGCAAACGCAAGCACUGGCCCGAUGUCGACCUGCUCAUCAUCGGCGGAGACUUCCAAGCAGUCCGCAACGCCUACGAUCUCAAUUGCGUCAGCAUGCCGCCCAAAUACCGCGAAAUGGCCGACUUCCACGAAUACUACUCCGGCCAGCGCGUCGCUCCCUACCUCACUGUUUUCGUCGGCGGCAACCACGAGGCCAGCAAUCACUUGUUCGAACUCUACUACGGCGGCUGGGUGGCGCCCAACAUCUACUACAUGGGCGCCGCCAAUGUGCUGCGCUUGGGUCCACUGCGCAUCGCCGGCCUCAGUGGGAUUUGGAAGGGCUACGACUACCGGAAGCCGCACUUUGAGAGACUGCCUUAUAACGAGAAUGACCUGAAGAGCAUCUACCACGUGCGCGAGCGAGACGUGAGGAAGCUGUUACAGGUGAGAAGUCAGGUCGACAUCGGUAUCAGUCAUGAUUGGCCAAAGGGCGUGGAGUGGAAGGGCGAUUGGAAACAACUGUUUCGCUUCAAGCCGCAUUUGGAGCAGGAUGCGCGCAACGGACAACUCGGGAGUGUGGCUGCAAAAUACGCUAUGGACUGGCUACGUCCGAAGCUGUGGUUCAGUGCUCAUCUGCAUUGCAAGUAUGCGGCCAUUCCACCGCCGCAAAUCGAUAACGCCACCACCCAUUUCCUGGCUCUGGACAAGUGCUUGCCUGGAAGACACUUCCUGCAGCUCAUGGAGGUGCCAUGCGAGGGCGAGGUAGACAGCCUGCGACCGCUGAAGCUCACGUACGAUCGCGAAUGGCUUGCCAUCACCCGAACAUUCGCCAUGGAUGGUCCCUCUCCGAUCGCUGAUGCUGACGUCCCCGAGAAAGAUCGGACCAACUCCAUACUCGAAGACUAUGGAGAAAUGAUCGACAAGCGAAGGCUUUGGGUUGACGAGCAUGUCAGCGACGCCGAUUUGGUCGUCCCGGAGAAUUUCGAGAUUACAGCCCCCGUUUAUGAUGGUGGGAACUGGAACCUCCCUCAGUACGCUGACGGCCGAGAACAUCCCAAUCCCCAAACUGCGCGCUUCUGCAAGAUGUUGGACAUCCCCAACGCAUUUGAGAUUACCGACGAGGAGAUUGAUCGCCGAAUGAGGAGCGGCCCGCGCAUCGACCCCGUAUCAGAGCGGUCCAACGGUGGAAGAGGACAAGGUGGAUCGCACCAAGGGAGAUAUCGUGGUGGCGGCAGAAACCGAGGCGGGCGUGGUCGUGGCCGUGGCCGCGCUUGGUGA